UUGGGGAGCCGCCGGCGCUCUAGGUUGCACACGUGCAAACGGGAAAGCAAGGAGCUGGGAGGCCCGCUGGGACCCCCCAAAGCUGGGAAACUUGCAGGACCUAGAGGAAUCAAUUAAGAUGAAGUUGAAUCUUUCCAAGGUAGUUAAUGGCUGUCGCCUAGGAAAAAUCAAAAACCUCGGCAAAGCAGGGGACCUCGCCAUGGACAUUCCAGGCUGCCUCCUGUACACCAGGACGGGCUCAGCCCCGCACCUCACCCAUCAUACUCUGCAUCGCAUCCACGGGCUCCCGGCCAUGACGCAGCUUACACUCUCCUCCCUCGCAGAACAUCAUGAAGUCUUGGCAGAGUAUAAGGAAGGAGUUGGAAAAUUUAUAGGCAUGCCAGAUUCACUGUUCUACUGCUCCCUGCACGAUCCGGUUAGCCCUUGCCCUGCUGGUUAUGUAACAAACAAGUCUGUGUCGGUGUGGGGUGUUGGUGGCCGAGUGGAAAUGACUGCUUCCAAGUUCAUGGCAAUUCAGGAGUCCCUUCAGCCUGAUUGGUUUCAGUGCCUCUCCGAUGGAGAAGCAUCUUGCAUGGAGGCACCGUCCACAAAAAGAGCCAGAAAAUCUGUUGACCGAUCACUUCUUUUUCUGGAUAAUUGUCUGCGUCUACAGGAAGAAUCAGAGGUCCUUCGGAAGAGUUCCAUCAUUGGAGUGGUGGAGGGCGGAGAUGUGAUGGAGGAGAGGCUGAGAUCGGCACGAGAGACUGCCAAGCGGCCCGUUGGGGGCUUCCUUCUGGAUGGCUUUCAAGGGAAUGCUGCGACCCUGGAGACCAGACUGCAGUUGCUGUCAUCAGUCACUGCUGAGCUGCCGGAGGACAAGCCAAGGCUCAUCUGUGGUAUCAGUCAGCCAGAUGAAGUGCUGGAGUGUAUUGAAAGAGGAGUGGACUUAUUUGAGAGUUUUUUCCCUUAUCAAGUGACAGAGCGUGGAUGUGCCCUCACUUUCAGCUUUCAUUACCAGCCAAAUCCUGAAGAGACAUUAUUGCAACAAAAUGGAACAGAAGAAGAGAAAAAAUACAUGGCUCAAACAAAGAAAACUAAAACAACUAGUUGCAACCAAGAAAUGACAUCAUUUGAAAUUAAUCUGAAGGAAAAAAAGUAUCAGGAAGAUUUCAACCCAGUGGUGAAAGGGUGUUCCUGUUACUGCUGUAAGAAUCACACUCGUGCUUAUAUCCACCAUCUGCUGGUGACCAAUGAGCUGUUGGCCGGGGUCCUGCUCAUGAUGCACAACUUUGAACACUACUUUGCCUUUUUCCACUCCAUCAGGGAAGCACUAAAAAGUGACAGACUGGCCGAGCUGAAAGAACUCAUCUGCAGGCAAGCAUCUUGAGAUCUGACAAACACAGUGACUCGUCACACAAAGCCUGGGCCAGAGGAAGAGAUCUUGGUGAGCUUAGGUCACUCAGUGAGGUUAGCUUAUAUCAUUUCUAUUUGAGAACAAGAUCUGCUUCAACAAAGAGCAUCUGUACCAAAGUGCCCACAUGGUUCUGGUGAUACCUGGGCAGCCAGGACCAGUGGGUCAGUACCAGGGCCUGGCAAUACAGCGCUGUGUGGGCCUUCUUUGGACCACGAAGAUCACCCCAACACUGAUAUGAGGCUACACUUAGCAGCACUUUGGGACCUCCAGGGUGGCACUGCACUGACUUGGAAGGCCGUGCAGUGGAGGGGAUAGAAAUGGGGUCCUGAGCAUGCACAGCACAGGUCUCUUAUUCCUCUUCUAAUCCCCAUUCCCUUAGGGACUUAAAUGACCAGGAUUGAGAAAAAUUGAACCAUCCCCUUUUAAUAUUCCUGUGCCCGUUCUUUUCAUCUGCAGUGAAUCACUGAGUCGAAGACAAAAGCUUUUUUUUUUUUUCUUUUUGGGUGCCUGCUUGAACAAAUCGAUGAGCAACGGGAUGACAGGGUCACACCUGGCGAUGCACAGGGGUUACUCCUGGCUCUGCACUCAGGAAUUACCCCUGGUGAUGCUCAGGGGACCAUAUGGGAUGCUGGGAAUCGAACCUGGAUAGGCCAUGUGCAAGGUAAACGCCCUACCCACUGUGCUAUUUGCUCCAGCCCCAAAGACAAAAGCUUUAGAAGUGAAGGCACAGCUUUGACGUAGGGGUAAGUUGAGACUCAGAGUUCACCGACUUGCUUUGAACUUACAGAGACUUCUCGGGAGGAGCCUGACUCCUAUGGACUGGAGCCUGUGGAUGGGAAAGGAAUACGGCUCAUUUUGGACUUCUUUGAAUUUUAACCCUUAUAUCUCAGGGGCACCUGUUGUAUACGAGUGUCUUCCAGUGUGCCUCAGCAGGGUAGUCAGUCAGAAAUGACAUGUGAUUUAACCAGACUUAAAUCUCAUGGGUUACAGAGCCCAUCCAUUGCUGCUUUGAUCCGUUGGUCCCCAGCACAUUCCUUCAUUCAGCUGCCUACUUGUUUGGACUUGGGCUGGAGUGAUAAAGCACAGUGGGUAGGGCGCUUGCCUUGCAGGUGGCCGACCCAGGUUUGAUUCUUCUGUCCCUAUCAGAGAGCCCGGCAGUUGCGAGAGUAUCCCGCCCAUAUGGCAGAGCCUGGCAUGCUACCCGUUGCACAUUCGAUGUGCCAAAAAUACUAACAACAAAUCUCACAAUGGAGAUGUUACUGGUGCCCGCUCAAGCAAAUUGAUGAACAACCAGAUCGCGGUGCUAAUGCGGUCUCCUGUUAGAUACCAAAACUCCCUAGCAGCUUUCAUCUGGUUGACAUAUCCACUGUGAUCUGCCUUUCAGGCUCAUUAAUUGUCACAAAACCACAUAAUAACUUGGUAGCGCCAACACUUAAGGAGAUUUAUUCUGAGUGUUUAUUUGGAAGGGGCCCUGAACUGGUGUUGAAAGGAUCAAGUUUCAGUUUGUCUCACCUGUGAUACCUGGGCAAAUUGCUUAGCCUUGCUGUGCCUACUUCCUUCUGGAUAAGUGGGAACAGGCAUUGAGUAGAACUAAAUGCACUUCUAAAAUUCCGUCUAACUCUGGUAUUUGGGGAAGAGAAGGUUUUAGGAGACUCAUAGCCUUACUUGUUUUUUUGAUUGAGCUGUAUGAGCCUGAUGAAAAAAAUGCAGCAAUGCCAGGAGUCAGGCAGCAAUAGAGGUUAUUUGAGCACCUGGAUCGGUUUGUGGAUGUUAAAGUGGUUGGUGAAUUGGCAUCAGCAGAUCCUGAGGAUGGGAAGACCUUUCCGAUCAUCUCUGAUGCUGCAAAUACUUUUCUGCACUCAGUAAAGAAAUGACAUUUGUUUUGAUAUUAUAUUUUUUCUUUUUCUGUAUUUGUGAGGUUUUUCUAUAAGAAUACUCUCUCGUCCUUGGGCAUGCACACAGAAGAUGUAGAACAAAAUAGUAACAUUUUAAAAAGUUGCUUUUGUUUUAUUUGCAGAUGUGUGAAAUACUUAUUUUAAAAUAAAUAAAAUUUAUAAAUUGUGCACUA